GAGGGUGGCUAGAAAAGGAGUUGGGAGAGGGGAUAGGAGGCGGGCUGGGGGCAAAUCAGAGAUCUGCUGGGGGUGCAUUGGCCCUGGCUGCUAUUUUACUGGCUAGGCCGGGUAAUACCAGCCAGAUGGCAACCAUAGGACUCCUAGGAGAGCAGGGCUACCACUGAUAUAAAAUAAAAUAUCUACUGUACUUGUAUUUACUUAGCAAUACCUUGUUUUUCAGGUCACCGGGAAUAAUGGGGAACAAUACAAGUGUAGCCCUUGAACCCCAGUGAUGACAAGAGAUAUGUCCCUAUCCAGCACUGGUACCCAAACUGUGGGGGCUGCAACCUUGCUGGGAGGUCAGCCUAAAGGCUCAUAAAGGUCCCACCUGAGAGAUCACCUGGCUCAGCAGGGCCCAGUGAUACCAGAACUGAUGUCUUUUCUGAGAUUCUAACUUCUAACCAAGGCACUUCCAAGUCUAUGAUCCAAGGGGACAUUGCGGUCAAAAAAAGCAGGAAUGCUCUAAUGUGUCCUGGGAAGUCCUGUCUCUGGCCAAGAUCUAGGAAAGGACUGGUCCUUGUACCCUACACCCUGUCCAACAACUACAAUUCCACUGAGAGAGACAUCAUACGAGCCGCCAUGGACGAGGUGACGGUCCUCACCUGCAUACAAUUUGUGACCUAUAACAAUGAAAGCGACUACCUGAGGAUCCGCCCCUACGAUGGGUGCUGGUCAUACAUUGGACGGGUUGGAGGGGCCCAGGACGUGUCUCUUAUGAAGACAGGCUGCCUGCACCAUGGGGUGAUACAACAUGAGCUGCUUCAUUCUCUGGGCUUCCAACAUGAGCAGUGCAGGAGCGACAGGGACAAUUAUAUCAACAUCAACUGGGAUAAUAUCAGCCAUGAUAAAGAGCGCAAUUUCCUCAAGAUGAACACACAGAAUCUAGGGUCGCCAUAUGACUAUCUGUCGGUGAUGCAUUAUGGCAAAUUUGCUUUUGCUACAAAUUCUGGGAAGCCAACUCUGGAACCGAAAGGGAAUCCCAGUGCUAUGAUUGGUCAGCGUGUUGGCCUAAGUUCUUUGGAUGUGGAGAAAAUAAACAGACUCUAUCAGUGCAGUGUGUGCGGUUUCCUGUUGGCAGACCGAUGGGGUGACUUCUCAUGGAAUUCCAGGCUGUAUCCGAACACUUCUGUCUGUGUGUGGCUGAUCCGGGUCCCACAGGGCAAGGUCUUCCUGCAGUUUCAUUCGUUGGGCAUUCGGCCAUCCCCAGCCUGUGCCCAGGGCUCAGUAACAGUUUAUGACGGGCAAAGCAAAGAAUCCCCACUUCUGAUCUCAAAGACUUGUGGGAAAGCACGGCCGGCAGGCGUAGUGGCUUCUGGGAACUUGAUUAGAAUGGACGUUGCCACCAGUGGUCUGGGAGUGAAUUUUAGGGCGCUAUACUUUUCUGUAAAAUGUGGCGGCUCCUUUUUCCAGCCCUUCGGAAACUUCUCGACUCCCAACUUCCCUGCCAAGUACCCCAACGCCACAGACUGUGUGUGGACCAUCCUGGCACCCAUUGGUUAUAAGAUUGCACUCAGUAUCGCUCAUUUCGACCUGGAAGCGUCUCAGGGCUGCUCACAUGACUAUCUUGUUCUCCGAGACAGCAGGAGACAACAGAAGAAAUGCGGCGUUAUCCCGCUGCUGAACUACACGUCGUAUGGACGCUCUUUGCUCAUCUAUUUUCACAGCGACGCAUCAGUAGAGGCUGGUGGCUUCCAUGCCAGUUACUACUUUACUUCUUAAAAAGCACCAUUAGCUGCGUGUCUGGCUACUGAAAGCUGCAAUAUGACCCGUCGACAGAAGAGGGCAGUAAAGAUCUCAGACGCCAUGAACAUAACGAGAACAUUCCAGUGGUAUCUGCCAGGUUGUACCAGUGAGCAACUGGUGAAAUGGGAGCGUCAGCUGCACUCACAUUCUUUUUCACAAGCUUUACCAUUAAAUUCCAACUUCACAUGUAUAGACCCACACAUGUAUCAAUGUACCAAUAAAUAAAAAAAUGUACAAGUUAA